CAAACGGAAUCCUGCGAGCGAAUAAAACGGUGCCAAAGUAUCCUCGGCUCCUUCGUAGUAUCAAACGUUGUUUUCCUCUUGAAAAGAGUGCUCGAUCGUCUCUCUCUCUCUCUCUUUCGGAGUCCAUUUUUUGUUUCCUCUCCUGUCAAAUUCGGCCUCCGCUGGCUCAUCAUGAACGUAAUCGGAUACCUCUGUUACACCCUCGGAUUAAUGACAUUAAUCUCGACGACCGAUGCAAUUCAUUUGCAAAAUGACCAGAAUGAUCAACCCGUUUACGAUUUGUUGACGGCAGACGAUUUGACCAGGGCCAAAAAACCUUUCUGCAACGCAUUCACCGGUUGUGGGAAAAAAAGAUCGUUUCUGCCGGACAGGCUGGCGGAAAACGAGGAGCGAUCCCCGGACAGAAUCCGCGUUCCCGUUCCGAUAUACCGAGCUUUAUUGAGAGCCGCAAGUCGAGAAGUCCGUCCGACACUCGAGCGAGGAUCGAGGGGAAAAGACGGCGGAUUCGAAGAGUACUCUUAUUCGGAAAUGAAUAAUAAAAUACCGAGCGUUCAGCGAUACGACAGUUAAUCAUCGAUCAUACGACAGUUUCGACGACACAAUUCAGCGAAUCGUGAAAUCAAUAUUUUUAUUUCAAUGUGUGUAUUAUCAAACGUACUGUAUGUCAUGAAUCGAGAAAUGAAUGUUAAACUAUAUGAAAAUUAGACACGUAAAAAUGGCUUUUUAUAUUUUAUUUUUCAACAUUUUUCACAUUUGUUUAUUCUGUUAAAACUUCAACGAAAAAUUAACGCUUCAUUUGACAUUUCACAACUUCCACUUGCGCUCGAAAAGCAAACAAAAUUCGUUGGAAUUAUUCUUUCGACGAUAAAAUUGUGAUAAAACAUUUAUUUACCUGUGCAAAGAUUGUUUCAACGUUAAUAGAAACAUUCGAUUUUCGGUUGUAAAUAAUCGUUUGUUUUAUUGUGACUUGGGAAUAAAAUUAUCUGAAAAUUAAA